AGCACUUGGUCAUCAAUCUGCCUUCCUCCUGGACAGCAGACACUGGGCAACAUCAAAUGUGCAGUCCCUAAAAUACAUCAAAGCUAGGAUCACUUCCCCUCCUGGGUAGCUUGGAACCUCCAGUCCCUUUGGAAGAGCUGGCUUAUUUUCUUUUUAGGAGGCCUUCUUGCAUCUCUAGCCGUCAGGUUUAGGUCACACUACCCAUGCACUGAUCAGCCCUGCCACGUAGGGGAGACUCCAAAGAUGGAGCAGCUCCAGUGGGUGCCAAGGUUCAGAGCAGAGUCUCGAGAACCUGAGGGGCAGGAGGAGGCAAAGGUCUCUGAGGACCAAGGGGUUUGGCCACAGUCCCUGAAGCUCUCAGGUGGUGGGGCUUCUGUGAGCAGGCACAUCCCUUAUGCAUGUGUGAUUGUAUGCUUGUGUGCUUGUGUGGUUGGGGGUCCUUCCUGGAGGAGGCACCUAGGUUGAGGGCCCCAGGCUGGAAUGGGGUGGGGCCUGUUGCCAAGGAAGAGAACUCAGCCCUGGAGGUUUCCGUGAGAGCUCCAGUCACAGGAGCCACAAGAUAAGAAGAGUGUGGCUGCAGAACCCAGGUGGCAGGCCUUUCCUCAGGCCCCUUACUCCUGACCUGGACGAGGCUGGGGCUUCCUCACAGAGGUAGGAGGUAUCCUGGCCAGCAGCACAGCCAGAAGCUCUAGGAGGAAGGUGCUGUGGUCGGGGACUCUGCUGCCCUAGAUAUGAUUUCAUUUCCUUCCAUGCAGAUGGCUGGGUGGGUUCCUGCUCUGUUGAGUGAAUGUUCCCCAGCAGUGGCCAGAUUCUUGCUCUGCCCUCAUCCCUCCACUGGGGUCCUGGGGACGUGUGGCAGAUCCUUAGGAAGGACCUCUUUCCUAAGGCUGAUUGGAGAACGUGGGGUGGGGGGGACAGAGGGGUGCUCCUGACAGGUCCUAGUAGCUGGGCGAGUCCCCAGGGUAUAGACUUGAGGCCCUAGGUAUAGACUUGAGGGCCUAAAUUACGGGAGACAGAAGGCCAGGGCCAGGGGGCCCCUUCCUGAAUCCAGUCCACAGGGUUAACCCCUCAUUUCCAGAGCCUAUCUCCUCCCCCACACCCACCCACACAACCCAGCACCAGGAAAUCCAGAGCCCAGAGCACUGUGGUCACAGGGACACAUGUGGCCCUGGGUGUGGCCGGGACACGUUGCAGGUGGCUGGGGACAUGAUGUGGUCCGCAGAUCUCCCAGGGCAGGGCAGAGGGCCACUGUUUGGGAAAAGCACCCCAGGCCCUCUCUCUUAGAGAGGGGGCCUAGGGGUAGCAGAGGAGCCACCUGGGUCGGACCCCUGGGGACAGUGGGAGGGGUAACAGGGAGAGUGGAGGGGCCUGAGACAGGCCGCGAGUGGGUGCCCAGGACAGGAAUCCGCCCAGCCAGCCCUAGGGGAUGACGGCGGGAGGGCUGGGCGCCCCCUGGUGGCCACAUUGUGUGGUGCCGCCGCUCCCCGCACAUCCUUCACGGGGCCCUGUGACUUCGUUACCCUCCUCGUGAGGCCACUCCGCCGAGUGGCCUGAAUCGAGGGUCAGGACUCCAUCAUCGCGCUCUGCCCCUCGCCCGCCCCUCUCAGGCUCUCUGACCGCCACCCCUGCCUGCCUGCCCGGCCCUGCACAACAUGCAGCCCGCGGGCCUUGAGGGUCCCGGCACGUUUGGUCGGUGGCCUCUGCUGAGUCCGCUGCUCCUUCUCCUGCUCCUGCUCCUGCUCCUGCUGCUCCAGCCUGUAACCUGCGUCUACACCACGCCGGGCGCCCCCAGAGCCCUCACCACGCUGGGCGCCCCCAGAGCCCACACCAUGCCAGGCACCCACGCUCCCUCGACCACACUCGGUAGUCCCAGCACCCAGGGCCUGCGAGAGCAGGCACGGGCCCUGAUGCGGGACUUCCCGCUAGUGGACGGCCACAACGACCUGCCCCUGGUCCUGAGGCAGGUUUACCAGAAAGGGCUACCGGAUGUUAAUCUGCGCAAUUUCAGCUACGGCCAGACCAGCCUGGACAGGCUUAGAGAUGGCCUCGUGGGCGCCCAGUUCUGGUCAGCCUACGUUCCAUGCCAGACCCAGGACCGGGAUGCCCUGCGCCUCACCCUAGAGCAGAUUGACCUCAUUCGCCGCAUGUGUGCCUCCUAUUCUGAGCUGAAGCUUGUGACCUCGGCUAAAGCUCUGAAUGACACCCAGAAAUUGGCCUGCCUCAUCGGUGUGGAGGGUGGCCACUCGCUGGACAAUAGCCUCUCCAUCUUACGUACUUUCUACAUGCUGGGAGUGCGCUACCUGACGCUCACCCACACCUGCAACACGCCCUGGGCAGAGAGCUCAGCUAAGGGCGUCCACUCCUUCUACAACAACAUCAGCGGGCUGACUGGCUUUGGUGAGAAGGUGGUGGCAGAAAUGAACCGCCUGGGCAUGAUGGUAGACUUGUCCCACGUCUCAGAUGCUGUGGCACGGCGGGCCCUGGAAGUAUCACAGGCACCUGUGAUCUUCUCCCACUCGGCUGCCCGGGGUGUAUGCAACAGUGCUCGGAAUGUUCCUGAUGACAUCCUGCAGCUUCUGAAGAAGAACGGUGGCAUCGUGAUGGUGUCUCUGUCCAUGGGAGUAAUACAGUGCAACCCGUCAGCCAAUGUGUCCACUGUGGCAGAUCACUUCGACCACAUCAAGGCAGUCAUCGGAUCCAAGUUCAUUGGGAUUGGCGGAGAUUAUGAUGGGGCCGGCAAAUUCCCUCAGGGGCUGGAGGACGUGUCCACGUACCCGGUCCUGAUAGAGGAGUUGCUGAGUCGUGGCUGGAGUGAGGAAGAGCUUCAGGGUGUCCUUCGCGGAAACCUGCUGCGGGUCUUCAGUCGAGUGGAAAAGGUACAGGAAGAAAACGAAUGGCGAAGCCCGUUGGAAGACAAGUUCCCGGAUGAGCAGCUGAGCAGUUCCUGCCGCUCUGACCUCUCACGUCUGCGUCAGCGACAGAGUCUGACUUCAGACCAGAAACUCACUGAGAUUCCUACACACUGGACACCCAAGUUAUCAGCCAAGUUGUCACUCUCAGAGUCCUCCCCCAACAUGGCCCCAGUCUUCACAGUUGUGGUCACCUUCCCGGUCCUUAUUCUGUGGCUCUGAUGACCCAGUUAGUCCUGCCAGAUGUCACUGUAGCAAGCCACAGACACCCCACAAAUUUCCCCUGUUGUGCAGGCACAAAUAUUUCCUGAAAAUAAAUGUUUUGGACAUAGAACCA